UAUCCUUCCACGCAACGAAUUGGGCAGUAGCUGUUUAUUGCCCUUCUUCUUGUCUAUUUUCUAUUACAUUCCUCCUCCUUUCUAUUUUCCAGAUGAAGCGGCUGCAGCUCCUCCGAUGGAGCAGUUCGGCCCUCUCGGCGCGAGCGCGGGCUGGUGUCCGCCUGCAACAAAACAUCUAUCGCGGAGCACGAUACCAAACGACUGUGUCGCCUGCUGCUCAGUCUGAAAACGAUCAACUGGCUGAUGAGCAGACAUUCCCCCCUCAUUUCUCUUCCAAUCCCCAACAGUCGAAAUACGCUCUUCCAUCACCGCCGGUUGAGGCCGCACGCGAAUCCGCAAAACUUGCCGCCCUCCAUGCACGACUUUACCUCCCUUCCCGAUUACCGCUCGAGACACUAGCACGGUCCCUCGUGGACGCCUCUGCGGAUCCGAAUCCCAACUUCAAUAAUGAAUCGCUGGCCACGCUCGGUCAUGACCUUCUAACCUACUACACCUCCGAACACCUCCUUUGCACCUACCCGCGACUUCCUCUGACCGUCAUCUUCGCGGCCAUGUACGCUUACGUCGGUCCGAAAACGUUGACUGCAAUGGCGAGAGAAUGGGGCGUGGAUUGGGCCGCCGCGCCGGGAGGUGAAGUUGACCCUGGGCUGCUUCAGUUCCAGAGACUCCUUCCUGGCACCGAGCUGAACUCGGAGGGGGCUACAAUGAGGCCCAACGCACACCAGAAGUCGUGGAGGAAGUCGGUCACUUCCCGGAUUGUGUACGACAAUGAAUACGGGGAGCAGUCUACUACGCAAUCCCUGGCUGAUGCUCAAGGCGCCCAGGGUGGUGUCUCCUUUGAGCGGGCCAACGCGACUUUCGUGCGGGCACUGAUGGGCUCGAUCUACCUCCACGCUGGCCGGCCGGCGGCCAAGCGCUUUUUCGAGCAGCACUUCCUCUCCCGGCAUCUCAACAUCUCCGAGUUGUUCAACUUCUCGCAACCCGCCCGCGACCUGUCCCGACUUUGUGCGCGUGAGAACUUCGAGCCGCCUGUCGCCAAGAUCAUCAGCGAGACCGGUCGCAAGAGCAGACACCCCGUCUUCAUCGUCGGUAUCUUCUCUGGCAAGGACAAGCUGGGAGAAGGCUCCGGUGCCAGCCUGCUGGAGGCUCGGUCCCGCGCUGCCGUGGCUGCCCUCAAGGGCUGGUAUCUCUACAGCCCGCUGAAUGUGCGUGUGCCUAGCUCCACCGAGGAGGAAGGUGCCGCGCCCUGGAAGCCCGUCCACGUGGACCUGGGCGAGGUGAUUGUAUGAGAUGGUGGAAAGACGGGACGCACUUGGAAUUGCCGUGUUAGAUUAUGAAAAGGCGCUACACUUUCCGAUUGUACUGCUGUCGAGGAAAGGCACGACAGCAACAACAGCAUUACAUACUAUCUGUUUUACUUUUUUCUUUUGAAUAUCAGGUUUUGUACAGUAUGGGAAAUUUAUUCGAUUUAUUAGAUGAUUUUUUUUUCUUUUUCUCUUAUGUCUCUGUCCCUUUUAACCGUUUGUUUGAACUUGUGCGGCAUUGAUCCUAAAACUGAUACGCAAG